CAGAAGCCAAUGGGGAGAAAGGGGAGACUUUCCAAAAAUGUAAUUCCUUUCUUUUGCGGAAUUUAAAGCAGGGUGAGUUGAGCUUGCUUAGCUCAGUAGCUCUCGGUGCUUCACCCUGCUGCACCAGCUCGCCUCCACUACAAGUUCUGUGAGAGAGGCCUUCCCUGUUUUCUAGACUCCUUCUCGCGCGUGUGGUUCUCAGCCCCCUCAGACAGCCAUGGAAGCCAUCAAGAAGAAGAUGCAGAUGCUGAAGCUGGAUAAGGAGAAUGCUAUCGACCGAGCAGAGCAGGCUGAAGCAGACAAGAAAGCAGCAGAAGAAAAGUUCAAGCAGGUUGAAGAGGAGCUGAUGAGCCAACAGAAGAAAAUGAAAGGCACGGAGGAUGAGUUGGACAAGUUAUCCGAGGGACUCAAAAAUGCUCAGGAGAAGCUGCAAGCUUCAGAAAAGACAGCUUCAGACGCUGAAGGAGAGGUUGCUGCCCUCAACAGAAGAAUCCAGCUGGUUGAGGAAGAACUGGACCGGGCACAGGAGCGCCUAGCCACUGCCCUGCAGAAGUUGGAGGAGGCAGAGAAGGCAGCGGAUGAGAGCGAGAGAGGUAUGAAAGUAAUUGAGAACCGUGCGAUGAAGGAUGAGGAGAGGAUGGAGCUUCAGGAGCUGCAGCUGAAGGAGGCGAAACACAUUGCAGAAGAGGCUGAUCGCAAAUAUGAAGAGGUCGCCCGUAAACUUGUCAUCCUUGAAGGAGAGCUGGAGCGAGCUGAGGAACGAGCUGAAGUCGCAGAGAUGAAGUGUUGUGACCUGGAGGAAGAACUGAAAAAUGUCACCAAUAAUCUCAAGUCACUGGAGGCUCAAUCAGAUAAGUACUCUGAGAAGGAGGACAAGUAUGAAGAUGAGAUCAAGAUUCUGACUGACAAGCUGAAGGAGGCAGAAACUCGUGCAGAGUUUGCUGAAAGGACUGUGGCCAAACUGGAAAAGACCAUCGAUGACCUGGAAGAUAAAGCUUGUGUGAAGAUACCCAUGAGGAAUGGGUUUUCAGAUGAGAUGAGACAUAUUCAUAAUGUACUGCACUUUCUAGAAUUGCUGCUGAACUUUGCUACGCCAUCAUCUGCAAUUCCUCCUGUUCUUCAACUUAGCGUGCUUCUCUCUCGUUUCAACUUUCCUCUAUCCCUCUCUUCCUGGUUAAACAACUGUAUGGCACCCUGCUGGAGUGAGUGAGCUUGGUCAGCUGUUACUGGGUCAAGCCUGUCUAAGGCUGGUUUUUUGAACAAGUUACUCGUGCAAAAGAAGAGAACAUGGGAAUGCACCAGGUCCUCGAUCAAACUUUACAAGAGCUCCACAAUUUAUAAAGAAAACCUUAAGGAACAUAACUCCAAGCAACCAUUGCCAACUGACCGCUUGCGAUCGAACAUUCCACAAUGUCCUGUCCCUUUGAGCAAGUGUCAGCUCAUUCCACCCAACUAUUAAAGAUUGAAUGCCGACCAAAGUUUUUUAAAAAUUUUGUAAUUGUAGAAUUUUUAUUGCAAAAGUCCCUUCUUUUUCCUCAGUCACGCAGCAUUUCUCCUAUUGUUAGAAUAAGCACAGCUAUCUCUAUGUAAACUCUCUCUCUCUAUGUUAGAAGAAGCACAGCUCUCUUUAUGUAAACUCUUCCCUCGUGUGUGAGACAGGAGUAGAUCUGUCAAGGUUCAGGUUUCAGUCUGUUCCAUUUUUUGAAAAAGACAUUCUUGUGGUGGAGCCUGCACCUUAUGAAUUGGCCUUGAUUAUUGUGCUUAGUUACUGCUCUUCCUGUCUGUUCAUUUGUGCUGUUAACCUUUUGUAAUCACUUGCUUUGUCCUUCAUUCAGUAGGUGAUGUCAUUCAGUAGAUCCUGCAUAGAUCAUCAGAUCUGGGAUCUUUUCUGUUCCUUCUGUAAUAAGAUGUAGUUCUGCAGGUUGGAGCUUGAGGUUCUCUUCCUCAGCUUUUAGACAUCAGGCUCCAGUCCUUUGCGAUCCUUGUUUCCAUUCCAUUUAUUUGGACUAUUUGAUUGGAUUGGAAAAAGCAAACCCUUGUUUCCACUAUGUCCAUUAUUCUUGCCCCCACCACCUGUCACCUCCAUUUGAUUGGGCAGAAGCAAAGCAGUUUUGUAAUUUUCAAUGCACCAUUUUUAUAUCUAAGUGAUCAAGGCCCCUUUUUUGAUUUACAGUCUUUCUGUAAUUGUACUGUCACUCACUGAGCCUUGUACUUGGCGAGUGAUGGGUAAUGACCAUUAGGAAAGGGGCAACACAAGCAGAUUUGAGUUGGGGCCCCUAGAGAUCGGCUGUCUCGUUCUGCAUCCCUUAGCUUCAAUGGAAGAGAAUGAACUGUUAUGUCUAGUAAGCCCCAAUGUGUGUAUGCGCAGAAAGGGGAACUGCUGUGAACCCAUACCUGUUAGGAAAUCAUGCACAUGACUCACAUCAAGAGGGAAAACCUCCUGCAGCCUGGAGCGAGAGUGCCAUUCAGCCCCUGCAAAGGAAUGCCAAAAUCUUGCUUUACAAAGUCUUAAACUGUGUCUGUUUGCAUCUUUGCUGAAUUGUGCCUUGUUAAAUGGGUAAGACUGAGUUUAAAAGUUGUUACCUGUGGCUACGUUGACUGCUCCAUUGGCAGAGUAUUAAUCGUGGUGUACCUUGGUUCUGUUUAGUUUCCAGUCCAUUCCAUUUAUUUGGACCUCGUUGUUUGUUUAGAGUAACUUAAAACAGUGAUGUUUGUGACCAACACUCACCAAAAAGAACACCAGAAACUGCUUUCCCAUUUAGAAAUGCCCAAUAAUUCCUCUCUCCUUUCCCUUGCUCUCCCCUCCAUUCCCCCCCCAGCACAUGAACAUGACUUCUACUGAUUUGUACAAUUUAAUAGACUCCCAUGUUCCAGUGCUGGCACCACAACACAAUAACAAGACACUAUUUGUAUUAAAAAUAGCACCGGAACUGGAUUAAAAGGGAAUGUGUUUUUUUAUUAUUUCUUUGCACAUCCAAAUCAGUUACCUUGGGGAAUUACGACUUGAUCUGUGUUUGCACUGGUGAUGUUGACCAAUGAGCAAAUAAAAUGACUCACUGCUGAAGAAA